CCCUUCACCACGAGCAGCGGCACGCGCGGUCGCACCCCCUUCCCCACGGCCGCUGACGCAAAAUGGCGGCGGCGGCAGCAACGGCCGCCUCGCCGUCCUUCCCCCUCGCCGACGGCCGGCCGUUCCGCUCCCCGUGGUUCUGGAUGUAGGAAAUAUGAAUGACUGGCAGAGAAAAAGCCCUCUAGAGUGGGAAACAUACGUGAACAAAAUGGUGAAAGUUGCUGCAGUUGAGAAACAUGAAUAUGAAGGAUGGGUCUUAACAGUUGAUCCAGUUUCUGCCAGUAUUAUCCUUGCAGCAUUCCUGGACAAUGAAAAGGUGUCCAUAACAGUUGUCUUGGGCCAUGCUGUGCAGGAGGUUGAAAUACUGAAAGAAGGGGAUGACAAAAUGAAGCAACAACUUUCCUGCAUAUUUGCUCCUGAAGAAAGCAAAGCCUACAGCCCAGAGGAACUUGAAAAGAGGAAGAACAACCUGAAGACUUGGCUAGAAACAAACCACAUCCCCAUAACGGAGCAGGGUGAAUCAGGAAGAACACUGUGCGUGGCAGGGCUAUUAACUAUUGACCCACCAUACGGCUCAGAAGAGUGCAGCAGCUCUAAUGAGAUUAUUCUGUCUCGAGUUCAAGGCUUGAUAGAGGGCUAUCUUGAAAAACAACAGUGAUGCCUGCUGUUUAAAGCAGUUGUCUUUAGGAGCGGUGUACCCACCUUAUUUUAGGAACUGUCCUGGAUAUCAAAUUCACUAUCUGCAAAAUUGCUGGGUUUAGGUACUUUUGUCUGAUUUUUGUAUGUUAAGAAAGGGAUGGAGCAAGUAGUAUAAAUUUAAAGCAAAAAGCAUUUUCCAUGCACCAUUUUUUAUUAAAAGUAAUCCAUUGGAUAAUGAUGACGUAUUAAACUGAUAUAUCAGUUUAUCAGUAUUAAGCUGAUAAAUCAGUUUAAUAAGUAUUUUUUGUAACAGUAUUGUGAAAGGUGAUGUAUGAUAAAUUUAAACUGUGUUUUCCUCUGCCUUUUUAUUUAAAUAAUUAUGUAGUGUAGUCAAGUUUAUUUGAACUGCUUCCAGAAUUUGUUUUUCAGAAAGAAAAUUGUGACACUACACAAACCAGAUGAAAAAUUGUUCAAAAAGCUUCCCCCUCCCCCAACUAUUUUCUUGCUUUAGAAUAUGAAUUAUAAUGUAAAUCCAAGUUUGUAUAAUCAUUAGGGAAAGUUGGCAGGCAAAUAGGUGGUUUUAAAAACAUUCUCAUCUAUACUUGUUAUUUUAGAGCAACAGUGAUUGGAAGACCUUCAUUCUGUAGCAAAAAAAAAAAAACACAAACUUCUUGCAAUUCAGUAAGUUUGUGUUUCUUACUGCUUUGAUUUUAGCUUAUGGCAACACACAAAGCAAGAAUCAUUAUGUGAUUAUUCAUCCAGUCAGCACCCAUUUCUCUCUUAGUGUAUUGAUUUGUUGUUUUAUGAGGUAGCACCAAAACAUGUUAGCAUGCUCAUAUGCAUUUGAAAAGCCUGUCUAACCCUUGUUAAUAAAAGGCUGUCAUCA